CAAGGUUAUAAACAUAGUUGAUAAUUUUAAAAGAAGGACCUGUCAUGUUUCCGAUAUAAAUAAACAAUAUUCUCCUAAAAUGAGAAUCACGAAAGAAGGGAUAUGUUUGGUCAUUUUGAUAUUAGUUUUCUCAAUUUUGAUUGCAAAUUUCUUAAACCUGAUUUCUACUGAAAUAAAUGAUGAACUAGCAACUCCACGAAUUUCUUCCUUAUUGAAUCACAGGGAACUGAAAAUUGGUGAUUCUAAAAAUCAUCUUAUGUGGUUCGCUCAGGUUUCGGAUCUGCAUAUAAGCAAAUUUCAAGAUAAUGGAAGAGCUACGGAAUUGUUAGAAUUUUGUGAUUUCACAAUGAAACAUAUUAACCCAUCUGUGAUAUUGGCUACAGGUGAUAUAACCGAUGCCAAGAAGCGAGAUUUAAUAGGUUCUCAGCAGUUCAAGGAGGAAUGGAUCAUGUAUAGAGAAGUUUUAGAUAAAUGCUCGACUAUAAAGAAAAUACCUUGGCUUGAUAUUAGAGGAAAUCAUGAUAACUUUGACGUACCUGAUAUCUCUUCAGCAAGGAAUUUUUUCCGAGACUACUCUAUGCAAGGAAAAAACCAUUCCCAAUCUUAUAUUCAUAAAUUUUCAAUUGGCUCAGAUUCGUAUGCAUUUAUUGGAGUUGACGCUUGCCCCGCCAUUGGCCUGAAACGUCCUUUUAAUUUUGUCGGGCUUCUUUCUGAUCCAGAUUUAUCUCGACUCACUGAUUUUUAUGAUUCUCUCAUUGAUGUUAAUUAUACUUUUUGGUUUGGCCACUACCCGACAUCUUGUAUUCUCAGUCAUAAGCCUGGAAUUAAGUCUAUUAUUGCUAAUGACCAGAAAAGUAUAGCGUACCUCUGCGGACAUUUCCAUAACAUGCUAGGCUUUGUACCGAACAUGUAUACACUACAGAAAAAAGGCUUUUAUGAAUUGGAGUUGGCAGAUUGGAAAGAUAACAGAAUGUUUCGCAUAGCUGCCGUAGAUCAUGGCCUUUUCUCUUUCGUCGAUGUAAAACAUAAUGACUGGCCGAUUGUACUUGUAACAAAUCCUAAGCAUGCGCUUUUCAAAUCCAUUCGCGAACCACUUGGUGGCAUGCUCACAUCUACGCAUGUAAGGCUUUUGGCUUUCUCGCCAGAUGAAAUCAUUUCAGUUAGAAUCAAAAUAGAUUCUGAAUCAUGGGAGAAUGCGCUGCCUGUUUCUGGACCGUUAUACGUGGUGCCAUGGGAACCGCAAAAGUACUCUUCAGGAAUGCACAAUAUAUAUGUUGAGGUUCUGGAUAAGAGUGGGCGUGAUAUUACUGUCGAACAUCCUUUUUCACUCGACGGCUCAAAAUUGCAGUUUAAUUUUUUUCCGAGAAUGUUAUUAAUGAUUGACUUCGGCUUGGUAAUGCAAUUUUUGUACGGAUUAGCUGUCAUAAGCUGUGUCCUUCCUUAUUGCUUUCUUCGUUAUAUGAAUAAACGAGUUUUAGAUAAUAAGAAACAAUUGCCAAGCUUAAGGAAUACUUUUGUGCAUCGUUGGCUGAGAAGAAUUUGGAUCAUUUCGAAUAUAAAUACAUUAUUUUAUCCGAUCGUACUCUACCCACUCUAUAUUACCGUUGGACCUUGGGCUGUUGCUGAAGUUUUGGAUGGAGAAUAUGGAAUAAUAUUUAUUUGGGGGAUAUUUAUCAAUGGUACUUUGAUUCCAGAAUCGUUCACCUAUUCAUAUGGCUUUCUACAGCUAUUUUUAUUUCAUGGACCGCUUGUUUCAUUCACAGCGUAUUCGUUGGAUAAGAGAUUGUCAGAACCUGAGGUAAUAAGAAGUGGAAACAAAUUGCUGUGGGUGCUGAAACUGUCCGGGUACCAGAUCCCGUAUCUAGCGCUGCUGCUGUCACAGCUCCUGAUGGCCUACGCCUUUUACCUGGCCUACGGCUCCAUCGCGGUGCUCUUCGGCCCCAUUAGGCUCUGGCCGAUAGUCUUGGUCUUCUGGGUAUGGUAUCAUUCCAAAACAUUGUCUCUUCACAAAAUGAGAGCGGCAGCAAAGGCUUUGGACAGGACCUCAACGAGGAGCUAAAGACAAUAAAGACGUAUUGAGUGAUCUAGUCUCCAAUGAUUCCUUCUUAUAGUAUUUAGAACACUUGCUAAGUAUUUCUCAUUAGUAGUAAAUGUCUUUCAUGUACUUUUAGAAAUUAUUGUCACACUUCUUCUAUUCAAACAAUGACAACUGUUAGAAUCAAUUUUUUGUCCCUAAUCAUUGAUAAUCCGUCGUUUUCCAAAGUUGGAGCACAUUAUUUAGUAGAAAAUAAAGGAGGAAAUUUCAAUAAAUCGCAUAAGGCCAACAGAAUAAGGCUGAGAUGAGGAAUAGAUAUUUGAUGGAUAAAAUAAAAACAUUUUAAUUUAUUAACUAUUAAACUGCCAAUAUAAAUACUAGUCAUUUCUUGUACAAAUACUUUCUUAUUUUGGUUAUAAAUAACUAAAUUCAUUUGAACCUUGUUAUAUUAAACAUUAAAAUUCCUAUUAAAAUAUUUGAAAUCAACAAUAACGUUUUAAAAUCUUUUAAUAAUAAUAAUGAUUGUUUUAUUAUAAUUGGAUGUCUCAUAAAUAAUGAGAAAAUAUUUAAACAAAUGAUAAUAGACCAUAAGAGCAAUAAAAAAGUAUAUAACAUCAAUUCCUCAACUUCUUCUGUUACAAACUUCAACUUAUUUUAAUUAUUGUGGACUUAAAAAGCUUAUUUAUUUAACAAGCGAAAGUUUAUCUAAAAGUGGGGAAUCUAU